AUGGUCCGCUCACUCGUCCCGGGCAUCUACGCCCCGACACAGACCUUCUUUACGUCCACCACCGGUUUAGAUUCGAGUGAAGCGCCCAAUGCUCUCGACGCCGCCACGAUUGCUAAGCACGCCGUCCGUCUCGUCCGCGCAGGCUGCACGGGCCUCGUCUGCAACGGCUCCAAUGGCGAGGCCGCCCUGCUCGAUGGCGACGAGCGCGCCGACGUCGUCGCGAUUACACGGCGGGCUCUGGACGCCGCCGGGUUUGCGUCUGUGCCCAUCAUUGCCGGCACGUCGGCCAACUCCGUCCGCGGCACCCUCCGUCUCUGCAGCGAUGCCGCCACGGCCGGCGCCGACGCCGUCCUGAUCCUGUCGCCCGCGUUCGUCGGCGGUGGCAGCGGCGGCAUGGGCCCCGCAGGCAUUGAGCGGUUCUUUGCGCUCGUGGCCGACGCCAGCCCGCUGCCGGUCGUGCUGUACAACUACCCGGCGGCGGCGGGCGGGUUCGACCUGGACUCGGAUGCGCUGGUGCGGCUGGCGCAACACAAAAACAUUGUCGGCACCAAGUUUACGUGCGGCAGCGUGGGGAAGAUGGCGCGGGUCAUCAGCGACAUCCCGGCCACCGUGUCCGACGUGUCGACAACGGCGUCGCCUUCGUCGUCUCCCUACUUUGCCUUUUCCGGCGUCGCCGACUGCAUUCUGCCCGCCGUCGUCGUCGGCGGCACCGGCGCCAUUGUCGGCGCAGCAAACAUCGUCCCCCGCGCCUGUGUCGAGGUGUACAACUUGGCCGUGCAGGGCGACCUGCCCAGGGCGCGUGCCGCGCAACAAGCACUGGCCAAAGCCGACUGGAGCCUGACCAAGCGCGCCAUCCCCGGCUUCAAGGCCGUCCUGGACCACUACCACGGCUACGGCGGCGCGCCACGGCUGCCGAUGGUGCCCAUCGCCCAGGACGCGGCCGACGACCUGUGCGCCGAGAUUGCCGACUACAUGAAGUACGAGCAGUCGCUGCCUGAUGUCAUUUAG